AUGGAUAAAUUCAAAGAAACUUCUUUACAAGAAGAAAGGGGUAGGGAUCGAACCCCACGCCAUUUUCAGGAAGAAGAUAUCUCACAUUCUCAUCAGAAAGAUACUUCGUUAAGGAAAAAUGACAAAUACUCUCGUCAGGAAGAUACUUUGUUAAAUAGAAACAGAAGUCGGACUCCAUUAUUUCAUCGGGAAGAUACUCUGUUAAAUAGAAAUAUAAGUCGGACUCCAUUAUCUCAUCGGGAAGAUACUCUGUUAAAUAGAAACAGAAGUCGGACUCCAUUAUCUCGUCGGGAAGAUACUCUGUUAAAUAGAAACAGAAGUCGGACUCCAUUAUCUCGUCAGGAAGAUACUUUGUUAAGUAGAAAUAGAAGUCGGACUCCAUUAUCUCAUCGGGAAGAUACUCUGUUAAAUAGAAACAGAAGUCGGACUCCAUUAUCUCGUCAGGAAGAUACUUUGUUAAAUAGAAACAGAAGUCGGACUCCAUUAUCUCGUCGGGAAGAUACUUUGUUAAAUAGAAAUAGAAGCCGGACUCCAUUAUCUCAUAUUUCAUUAAGAAGCAGCAGAAAUCAAAGUUUAUACUCUUACCAAAAAGAUGGUUCGACAGGUAAAAACAGAAGCCCAACUUCAUACUCUCGUCGAGAAGAUUUUCCGUUAAAUAUAAAUAGAAGUCGCUCCCCAUACUCUCCAUACUCUCAUCGGGAAGAUUCCUUGUUAAAUAUAAGGGAAAGGGAAACAAGACAAAGAAGUGAGAACAGAGAAGGAGAUCGAGAAGAAAUUACAGAAUUACGCUCGGCUUUGUCAUAUUUAAUAAGAGAGGUAGAAGAAAUUCGUUAUGACAAAGAGUCUCUUCAUCAGAUUGAUAGUCAUCAAACAAGGAUACAAUAUUCUUCGUCUCCCGAUCCAUCAUCAGCUAGGCACACUAAAGUCCAAAAUAACUUGGAACCGAUGAAUCAUAAAUACAAGAAGGCUUUCCGAGAUGAGGUUGUUCAAAUAUUGAAGGGCUUGGAUAAUUCUUUAUUCAUCGACCAUACAAGACGCUGGCUUGAUAUAGAAAAGAAUGUAUCUCAAAAUACUUUACCGGCUAUAAAAAAAGCAUUGGGAGAUCGGUUUCAGUAUACGGAUACUGAAUUAAAGAAAGUUUUACAAAAUCUUCAUCGACAUCGAAGAGAUGCAUAUACUGUUUCGUUAGAUCCUCUAAAAUCAAAAGCAAACAAGCAAAGAACUGGAAUUAACAGUAGGAGAAAAGAUAAGAAAGAAAGGCGUCAAAGAGGAUUGCAGUAUAUGGUGGAUAAUACGGAUCAAUUGCUUAUAGAUCUACAACCUCCAAUGGAAUGGGACGAUUGGAUCAAUAACCUGAACGAGGUUAUUGGUAAUUCAAACUACCAUUCGGAUGAAGUGUCCGAAUCGGAUGAAGAAAAAGUACAAGAGGAGAAAGAUAAUAAGAUUCGUCCAUCCCGAAAAGAAAGUUCAAAUCACGUUCUCCACGUAUAUGAUAAGCAGUGGAGAUCCCAAAGGGCUCGGCUUCUCCUGAGACGUGCUGAUGAAGUAGGAGAAACCAUUCAGAACAUAAAGAUGACGAGAAAAAGAUGGUACAAUGACCAAACGUAUGUAGAAAAUAAUUCCAAGCCACCUCUCAAUGCUCCGAAAUGGACUAUUUCAACUUCUUACCACACUGAAUAA